AUGAUUCGGCUCAAGUUGUGUCUGCAAAACUGUCUUAGGCUUGAAGAUUAUCCAAGGCCUCACAUAUUGAAAAGAGUUCGACAUUUGUCAUAUCUUAGAGAUUGCUAUGGUGCGUUUGACAAGUUCAAAUCUCUUUCUGGCCUUGAGUAUUUGAGGGCAUUGAUUCCCGAAGCUAUACAAGGAAACAUGAAGGAUAAAAAGCACCUUGAAGAGCUAUCUUUGUCAUGGAGUGGCAUUAAUGCUGAUGAUUCGCAAAUUGAAAGGGAGAAUCUGGACAAGUUGAAGCCAGAUAAAAACAUUAAGAAACUGGAGAUCAAUGGGUAUCGAGGGACAAAAUUUCCAGAUUGGUUUGGAGAUCAUUCAUUUUGUAAUCUUGUCUCAUUGAAUCUCCGAAAAUGUAGGGAUUGUGAUUCCUUACCAGCAGUUGGACAACUGCCAUCUCUCAAACAUCUUUCAAUCAGUGGAAUGCAUCGGAUACUGCAAUUGACUCGAGAAUUUUAUUGGAAUGUGUCUUCAGUUCCACCAUUUAGAGCUCUCGCAAACCUUGUGUUUAAGCAAAUGCCAGAAUUGAUAGAAUGA